GGAAGAUUGUCGACAAGAAUACCUGGAUGAAUACCAUGAGAAGGCGAAAUCUGCUAAGAAUAGAGUCAUCGGGAAUAAGCCAUAUUACCCUUUACACCUUGAGAAGGAUGCCAAUCUUCGCUGUGCAGAAACACGCUUACAGCAUGUGCAGAUCUCACUUUCGUCGGGACCCUCCCGAAGUAUGAGGGUCGUGGAGCCGCAACUUUGCUGACUGAGUGGGGCUUAUUACGAGCAAAGAAAGACAAUGUGCCAGUCUAUCUUGAGAGCACUAUCGCUGCAUCUUCACUCUACCGAAGGUUGGGAUUUGUGGCCCUCGAUGGAUUCUCAAUGACGUUACCUGGGAAAGGACCAAGGAACGGACCAAUCAUUUACGAGGAGCUGGGUAUGCUGAAAAUAUGGGAAGACCACGAGACAGCCGGAAUGGAUUACUGGGAUUCCAGUCUAGGUAUUACAAGUCUGUCACAAGACUAUGAAGCUGGCAUCAAACCUCAACAUGUGGUGCAAGCUAUAUUUGACCGCAUAGACGCGUACAAGCAAGUACAGCCGUCGGUUUGGAUCCAUCUUCAGCCCAUCGGUGAGGUCAUGCGGGCUGCAAAUGAGCUCUCCAUCCGCUGGCCAGAUCCCAAGAAUCGGCCGCCGCUGUACGGAGUUGCUUUCAGUGUCAAAGAUAGUAUCGAUAUUGCUGGUAUCCCGACCACGACUGGUUGUCCUCCUCUUGCCUUCACGCCAACCGCCUCAGCGCCUGUGUAUCAACGUUGCAUCGAUGCCGGUGGGCUUUUCAUCGGUAAGACCAAUAUGGAACAGCUUGCAACAGGCAUGACGGGCUGUCGAAGUCCUUUUGGCACGUUACACUCAACUUUCAGCAAAUCUCACAUUGUUGGAGGCUCGAGCAGUGGGAGUGCAGUCACUGUAAGUCAAGGGCUUGUAUCGUUCUCCCUUGGAAGCGAUACGGCAGGUUCAAUUCGAGUACCAGCAAUGUUCAAUGGAGUCUGUGGGUUCAAGCCAACUAAAGGGACCGUGUCUGCAAGAGGUGUCUCACCAGCUUGUUUGCACCAAGACUGCGUAUCGUUUCUGACUUCCAAUGUCGAAGAUGCGGAAAUGUUAUGGGACGUAUGCAAAGGCUUUGACAAAGGGGACUUCUUCGCCAAAUUGCCUUCCACGCGCCCUAUUCGGAAGUCGAAACAGCUCCGGUUCAAAUUUGGUGUUCCUCCGGCCUCAGCACUGGAGAUCUGCAGUCUUCCAUUCAAGAAACAAUUUGCCGAGGUCAUUGAAAUCAUUCAGAAAAGCGGAGGCAAGCUAGAUGACUUGGAGUGGAACCCCUUUGCAGCUGCCAAUGAACUUCUCUACAACAGUUCAUUCGUCAUGGAACGAUUGACCAUUCUACCAGAAGGCUGGCUCGCUCAGAACAAACAAUUGCUUCACCCUGUUACCAGACAGGUCUUUGAGGGGACAUUGGCGAGGAACAGUUCUGCUGUCGAUCUAUUCAAGGACCUGCACAAGCAGGCUGAAUACAAGAGAGCUGUUGAGGAUAUCUUGACAUUUGAGGAAGACAUCGAUAAUGAAACGGAUGAAAUAACACUGAUGAUCGCCCCAACAACCCCGUUUCAUCCUACGAUUAAAGAGGUCGACGAGGAUCCGAUCGGAAUCAAUGGCAGGCUGGGGAGCUUUGCUCACUUUGCUAACGUCCUCGACUUGGUCGGGAUUGCGAUGCCUUGUGGGACUUAUGAGAUUGAGGACGUGUUUGAGGGCAGGAAGACGAGAUUGCCGUUUGGGGUUACUAUUUUGGCUGGUGCUGGGUUAGAUGGGGAGUUGCUGAGGGUUGCUGCGAUGCUCGAGGAGGCUUUGCAGGAUGUUGGCCAGGAGGAGUAGCUUGGUUGUUCUUGUCCUCCUAGGACGUGACCCAAUGGAUUGAAAACAAACCGCUGCAGAAGUCUCGGCCUCCGGUUUCCAACCCUCCCUCCUCCUCCGGAUCAAGUCCAAGAUGAAAAGGGGGUCAUCACGUGUCUCCAAGUCACGUUCC